CUGACUGUCUACAUUUUUAAUUCUUGUUUCGUAAAAUUAAUUUGAAGGUUAAAAUAAUUUAAAUGUCGCAAGUAAAUUUAAAUUAUUUGUCAAAUCUUUUAAACAUUUCAUUAGAUGAACUCGAAAAAAUUGAGAUUCCUGAAGGAAGUAUCAUUGUUACUUCAAUUAGAGAUGUUUCUUCAUCAACACCUGAAGCAGAUCCACUGACGACACGAGAAUGGGAUGAAUUUCAAUACGCAAUUCAAAGUGUCGAAUAUAUUUGCCAGGACUGCUGGAAUUCGUUUGGUUCAGCAGAGCAACAUAGACAGCAUGCACUGUCUAGUCAUGUGGACAUAAAGAUUAUAAAAACUGAAGAGUGUGAAUUUGAAACCGGAAAUUGCAACCCGGCUAUUUGCAACAAAGAUCAGAUUCGUAAAUUAGCAACUGGAAACUCGCAUAAUAUAAAUCAUGUCCAUCAUCACCGUCAUCAAUCAGAAGACAGAAACUCAUUUACUUGUUCGAUCGAUAGGAAACUCGAGUGUUUUUUUUGCAGGAAAAUAUUCGCAAAUAAAAAAAAUUUGAUGCUUCACUUGGAGACUCAUAAAAAAGGUGAUAAAUAUUACUGCGACGUAUGUCUUUAUACAACAAAAUUCUUGUAUAUUUUCGAAAACCACAUGAACCAGCACAUCAAUGCUGGACUGUUGAUUUGCUAUGAAUGUGGUGACUCUUUUGUAUGCAAAACAUCAGUGAAGAAACAUUUGGAAUCUCUUCACAAGUUUGAGUUUCGAAAUAAUAAUUGCUACCGACGUUCAAAUUCUCUUGAAAGAUUGACAGAAGAAUGUCCAUUGUGCAGAAAAAAAUUUUUAACUAAAUACAGUUUGAAACUACACAAUAAAAUCCAUAGAAAAGGAAAUUAUUUUUACUGUAAUGUCUGCCUUUAUAAGUCAGAAAGUUAUGAAAUCUUAGUAAGGCACAGCGACAAGCACAUGAAUGAUAAAUUACACAUUUGUUAUCAUUGCGGUAGGUCAUAUAAAAUCAAAGCCUCAUUAGUAAAACACUUGUAUUAUCAGCAUGGUUUCCAGCCUCAGUCGAUUGAUGAUCAUCAGUAUCUAGAAAAUCUUGUUGAUAAAAAGCCGAGAGAUUUACUCGGGCAGAAAAAUUCUUCAAACGCUGAAAGUUUGAAACUUGUUGAUGCGAAGCGUAAGAAAAUAAAUUAUCAAUGCGAUGUGUGUCUUUAUACGACAUUUUUUCCGCAUAAUUUGAACCAGCACAUUAAGACACACACGAAUAAUAAAACAUAUAUCUGUUUUCAUUGCGGCGCAUCAUAUAAAUUAAAAGCGACACUGGAAAAACACUUAAAUUUUUAUCGUGAUCCGAAAUUAAAAUCGAUUAAUCAUCAUCGGUAUCCAAACAAUCGAACAAAUCCAAAACUGACGUGUUUAUACUGUCAGAAAAAAUUUCCGGAUGUUAAAAGUUUGAGCCGCCACAAAGAGACACAUAGAGAAGGAAAUAAUUAUCAUUGCAAUAUAUGCCUUCAUACGACAGCUUCACAAUAUAAUUUUGAUGUGCAUAUGAAGAAACACUUUAAUGAUAAAUUAUAUACAUGCUAUCACUGCGGAAGAUCAUUUAGAAAAAAAAAAUUACUAGAAGAUCACUUGAAUUUAUAUCGUGAUCCCAAUUCUCGAAUGAUUAAUCGUCAUAGAGUAAUAAGUUUUAGAAAUAAAAAUUUCGUGUGUUUAUUUUGCCAAAAACAAUUUCCGGAUAUUAAGAGUUUGAAGCAACACAAAGAAACCCAUGGAAAAGGAAAUAAUUAUCAGUGCAAAGCAUGUCUUUAUAAGGCGAAGGAUACUCGAGACUUUGAAAGUCACACCAACAACCACAUGAAUGGAUUACACACUUGUUAUCACUGCGGGAAAUCAUUUCGAAUAAAAGCGUCAUUGGAAAAACACUUUAAUUUUCAUCAUAACCCUAAUUUUCGGGCGAUUAAUCAUCCGGAUUUAAGGAAUCGGUGAAAUAAAGGACUGGAGUAUUCAUUUAAAACUUCAAGACGCAAAAUAUGUAAAAGAAGAAAUUAUUAUUGAACUGAUUUUGAAAAAAUCAUCAACGAGCACAUAAUUAAAAACAUCUGUGUUAUUAUUAGUGAUUACUUGAAAUAAAAUCGCGAUUUCAAAUUACUUGAGUUUUUUCAUAACUCAGACUCUGAAGAUACUGAUAAUUGAUCACAUUCAGUAAAUCAAUCAUACGUUUUUCUAUUUUUUAUUAUUUUUACGAAGAAAUAAUACGUAAUUGAAUAGAUAAUUAAUAAUUGUCGUCGAUUAUUAAUCGACGUAAUUAGUUAUAAUUAUUAAUAACAAUCUUUAUAUUCAUUUUUAUAGAAUUACUUUUCAUGAUAAUAUUAAGAAGCUAUUGGUUUAAU